UUGCUUUCUGCGUUCACUGUGAGCAGACAGGUAAUGUUGCAGCGUAAGAAGUCGGAACUUACUAGUAGAGGAGAAGCUGUUAACUGUAGCUAGCCAACGUGACAAACAACUUUUAGAGAGCCUGACAGGUAGUGUCUCUUCUGGUCUGUAACAGCAGAUCUGAGGGCACACACAUACUGUACAGGCUUUGACUGUGAGUGAAUGAAUGUGUGGCUGCUGCAUGUAGGUAGCAUCAGGAGACCGGGAGUGUACUGUCUCCUUGCUUGUCUGUAAAUGGGGUGAAUGGCAUGGCGCGGCGUGUCGGACUAACCACCAGAGUAAAAGACAGAAAAAGUCUUGUCAGACAUGGAGUUUCUGAAGAGCCUGGUUCCAUCUGUCAUCUCAGGGGAGGGGCCCAUUGAACAGGGGGGAGUCUUGCCCAGGGAGACAGGUCCACGGCUCCUUCGUAUGAAAAGACUGGGCCUGCUAGCCAUGGGACAAACCAUUGAGGAAGUUCCAGUAAAUCCGAUGAUACAGGUAGUCCCGGGGAUCAGCUCCUCCAAGCCUGUCAGCAGGAACCAAACCCGCCUCAAAGGAAACAUCCGUCAUAUUAGACAAUUCUCCUUUUUUCAUCAUGCUCGUGGUGGCAGGGUUCAUGAUGCUUCUGCACCAGUCAGCAGCAGCGUGAGUAGACGCCGUGCCCCCUCCUCGGUGACUCCCCUCUCUUGGGAGAAACACAACGUUGCCGACAUGUCGAGCAUCACCAUUGACCCCGAGCUCAAGCCCGGGGAGUUUGUCAUCAAGAGUCUAUUUGCUGAGUUUGCUGUGCUGGCUGAGAAGAAGAUCGAGAUGGUGAUGGCUGAGCCACUGGAGAAACCUCUGUCCCGAUCCCUCCAGAGAGGGGAAGAUGCACAAUUUGACCAGUUAAUAAGCUCUAUGAGCUCAAUAGCAGAACACUGUUUGCCCUCCCUACUGCGCACACUGUUUGACUGGUACCGGCGGCAGAGUGGCACUGAAGACGAGUCUUAUGAGUACAGGCCUCGCUCUAGCACUAAGUCCAAAGGAGAUGAACAGCACCGGGAUAAAGAUUACCUUCUGGAACGGAGGGACUUAGCCAUAGAUUUCAUUUUUUGUUUAGUUUCAGUGGAAGUUCUAAAACAGAUUCCUCUUCAUCCAGUGCCAGAUGUUCUGGUACACGAAGUUCUAAACCUGGCAUUCAAGCACUUUAAACACAAAGAGGGGUACUGUGGCCCAAACACUGGCAAUGUACACAUCAUCGCAGACCUGUAUGCUGAGGUCAUUGGAGUCCUUACACAGUCAAAGUUUCAGGCAGUGAGGAAGAAGUUUAUCACAGAACUGAAGGAGCUCAGGCAAAAAGAGCAGAGUCCCUAUGUAGUCCAGAGCAUCAUCAGUCUCAUCAUGGGCAUGAAGUUCUUCCGGGUGAAAAUGUAUCCUGUGGAGGAUUUUGAGGCUUCUUUUCAGUUCAUGCAGGAGUGUGCCCAGUAUUUCCUGGAAGUCAAGGAUAAGGACAUAAAGCAUGCUCUAGCUGGCCUUUUUGUUGAGAUCCUCAUCCCUGUCGCAGCUGCGGUGAAAAAUGAAGUCAAUGUGCCAUGCCUGAAGAACUUUGUGGAGAUGCUGUACCAGACAACAUUUGACCUUAGUUCCAGAAAGAAGCACUCUUUGGUAAUAAUUAGAGCAUCCCAUUUUUUUUAUCUCUUCCUCCCCACCCCUAUCUCCAUUUACUACUUCCUCUCAUGUGUUUCACUCUUCCUGUAUUUUGUCAACGUUUCCAUUGACCCCAGCACAGCCAGUCCGUCAUCCUUAUCCAAAAAUAUUUCAAAAAUAAAUACAACCUCACUGUUAUUUUCUCACGUUGACUCGCUCCAGAUGCCGUCUAACAACAGCAUCCGAAAGCAGAUUGAGACGCUGCAGAACAAAGACCCCAAAAUGUCCCGUGUGGCGCUAGAGUCGCUCUACAGAUUGCUAUGGGUCUACAUCAUCAGGAUCAAGUGUGAGAGUAAUACCGUCACACAGAGUCGACUACUCAGCAUCGUUUCAGCACUUUUCCCCAAAGGCUCCCGGAGUGUGGUGCCCAGGGACACACCCCUCAACAUCUUUGUCAAGAUCAUCCAGUUCAUAGCUCAGGAAAGACUGGACUUUGCUAUGAAGGAGAUAAUCUAUGACCUCCUUUGUGUGGGCAAGUCUCACAAAACCUUUGCCAUCAAUCCAGAGAGGAUGAAUAUCGGUUUGCGAGCCUUCUUGGUGAUUGCCGACAGCCUACAGCAGAAAGAUGGGGAGCCUCCUAUGCCUACGACUGGGAUCAUCAUGCCCUCUGGCAACACCCUGCGUGUCAAAAAGAUCUUCCUCAACACCACUCUCACGGAUGAAGAAGCCAAGGUCAUAGGGAUGUCACUGUACUACCCACAAGUAAGAAAGGCCUUAGACAACAUCCUGCGACACCUGGACAAGGAAGUGGGACGCUCCAUGAGCAUGACCAAUGUACAGAUGUCCAACAAGGAGCCUGAGGACAUGAUUACGGGAGAGAGGAAGCCAAAGAUCGAUCUUUUCCGAACGUGUGUGGCCGCCAUCCCAAGACUGAUACCAGACGGCAUGAGCAGACAAGACCUAAUAGAGCUUCUAGCCAAACUGACCAUCCACAUGGAUGAGGAGCUACGGGGCCUAGCCUUUACUACUCUCCAGGCCCUGAUGGUGGAUUUCCCAGAGUGGCGUGAGGAUGUUCUCUCGGGCUUUGCCUACUUCAUUGUCCGAGAGGUGACUGAUGUCCAUCCCACUUUGUUGGACAACGCUGUCAAGAUGUUACUGCAGCUCAUCAGCCAAUGGAGGCAGGCAGUGCAGAGUAGCAAUAAGAGCCACGAUGCACAGGGCUCAAGCAGCGGUCGUUCUCUGUCCCUGGAACGUACUCCCCUGUUAGGGGUGCUGCAUGUGGUGGAGGGUUUAGCACUGGUUGUGCUUUGUAGCUGCCGCCCUGCUACACGCAGGCUGGCUGUUAACGUCCUCAAGGAGGUCCGGGCGCUGCACACUGCACUGGGCAUUGGCAAGGGUGAUGAGGAAUUGGCCAUUGAUGUAAUGGACAGAUUAAGUGCAUCCGUGUUGGAGAGCUUCAUUCAUCUCACAGGAGCUGACCAGAGCAACCUGCUGUACUGUCCCAGUGGGAUUGAUCUUCAGACGUUAGCAGAGUGGAGCUCAUCUCCCAUCAGCCACCAGUUUGAUGUGGUGAGCCCCUCGCACAUCUGGGUGUUUGCCCAUGUUACUCAGGGCCAGGACCCCUGGGUCAUCAGCUUCUCCAGCUACCUGCGGCAGGAGCACCUGCCCAAACAUUGUCCCACUGCCCUCAACUAUGCCUGGAUGUUUGCCUAUACCCGCUUGCAACUACUGUCUCCACAAGUUGACAUCAACAGCCCCAUCAAUGCCAAGAAAUUGAACAGUCUAAACAGCAGUGACUCCUACAUCGGCCUUUGGAGGAACUACCUGAUUCUGUGCUGCAGCUCGGCCUCCUCCUCCACCUCCAUGUGUUCCUCAUCCUCCACCUCUGGCUCCGUCCGCUGCUCCCCGCCUGAGACGCUGGCGUCCACGCCGGACAGCGGCUACAGUUACGAUUCAAAGAUUGUUGGUACUCCGUCCCCCUCCUCUCUGUUCAAACACAUUGUUCCAAUGAUGCGCUCUGAGAGCAUGGACAUCACAGAAUCUCUUGUGUUGGGGCUUGGCAGGACCAACCCUGUGGCCUUCAGAGAGUUGAUAGAGGAGCUAAAUCCCAUCAUAAAAGAAGCUCUAGAAAGAAGACCUGAAAACAUGAAGCGGCGCAGGCGUCGUGACAUCCUCAGGGUCCAGCUGGUCCGGAUAUUUGAGCUGCUGGCUGAUGCUGGUGUCAUUAGUCAGAUCGCGAGUGGAGGGUUAGAUGGAGAGAGCCACUCUCUGAACAGUACGCUGCUGGAGUAUGUUGAUCUGACCAGGCAGUUGCUUGAGGCUGAAAAUGACAAGGACUCUGACACACUGAAGGACAUUCGCUGUCACUUUAGUGCACUUGUGGCCAAUAUCAUUCAGAAUGUCCCAGUACACCAGAGGAGGACAAUCUUCCCCCAGCAGUCGCUGAGACACAGUCUGUUCAUGCUGUUCAGUCACUGGGCUGGGCCAUUCAGCAUAAUGUUCACUCCCCUGGACCGCUACAGUGACAGAAAUAUGCAGAUCAACCGGCAUCAGUACUGUGCGCUAAAGGCCAUGUCUGCAGUGUUGUGUUGUGGACCUGUAGCUGACAAUGUUGGCCUCUCCUCUGAUGGCUACCUCUACAAGUGGCUGGACAACAUCCUGGAUUCUCAGGACAAGAAGGUUCACCAGCUGGGUUGUGAGGCCGUGAUGCUGCUCCUGGAGCUGAAUCCAGACCAGAGCAACCUCAUGUUUUGGGCUGUGGACCGCUGCUACACCGGCUCUCGUCGCGUCGCUGCCGGUUGCUUCAGGGCCAUCGCCAAUGUCUUUCACAACAGGGAUUACCAAUUUGACACUGUGGUGCUGCUGAACCUGAUUCUGUUCAAGGCAGCUGAUUCUUCCAGGGACAUAUAUGAGGUGGCCAUGCAGCUCUUACAGAUCCUGGAACCCAAGCUCUUCCGUUACGCCCACAAAUUGGAGAUCCAGCGAACAGAUGGUAUCUUGACCCCUCCCUCACCGCUGCCACACCUCUACUCUGUGUCUUACUACCAGCUGUCUGAGGAGCUUGCAAGGACUUACCCAGAGCUCACUCUGCCCAUCUUCUCAGAGGUGAGCCAGCGUAUCCAGACAGCGCAUCCCGGUGGUCGUCAGGUCAUGUUGCACUACCUCCUGCCUUGGAUGAACAAUGUGGAGCUAGUUGAUUUCAAACCAACUGUACGGCGCCCCGAAGAUUGCGGCAGUGGUGAAGAUGACGAGGAUGUACACGAAAGGGAGGUCAUGAUGGUUAACAGCCGCCGCUGGCUCCGUGGAGAGGGCUGGGGCUCCCCUCGUGCAACAACCAUGGUGCUCAACAAUCUCAUGUUCAUGACCGCUAAGUAUGGGGAUGAGUUUGCUUGGUCUGAGAUAGAGAAUGUAUGGACCACAUUAGCAGACAGCUGGCCAAAGAACCUCAAAAUCAUUCUUCACUUCCUCAUCAGUAUGUCAGGAGUCAACAGUGACCCCAGCCUCUUGCCCUAUGUGAAACGGGUCGUGGUUUACCUGGGCAGAGAUAAGACUAUGCAGCUGCUGGAGGAGUUGAUGUGUGAACUUGAGUUGACUGAUCCGGUUAGCUCAGCUGUCACUCACAUGGACAACCCCCCCUAUUACCGCAUCACCUCAAGUUUCAAGAUCCCCUCAGUCACCUCAGGAACAACCUCCAGCAGCAAUACCAUGGUGCCAGGAAACGAUGGUCAUCAUGACAGCAAGAUCAAAGACUCUAACAUAGAGGACAGUUACACCCACCUGGACAUCUACAGUGGGCUGAACAGUGGGCUGAACAGUAACCUGAAUCGUCAGCACCACCGUCUGGAAUCUCGUUACAGCAGCAGCUCCGGAGGCUCCUAUGAAGAAGAGAAGAGUGACUCCAUGCCACUUUAUGCUAACUGGCGUUUGAAAGUGAUGGAUCACAACCGGCCAGAGCCUCUCCCCUUCCCACCUACAGGAGGCUGUUGGUCUCCUCUUGUGGACUACCUGCCAGAGACAAAUGCCCCUGGUGUACCGCUCCACAGAUGUAACAUUGCAGUCAUCCUACUAACCGACCUAAUUGUGGACCAUGGGGUCAAAGUGGAGUGGAGUGCCUACCUGCACCUCUUGCUACAUGCAAUUUUUAUAGGGUUUGAUCACCAGCACCCAGAAGUGUACGAGCACUGCAAACGUCUUCUGCUUCACCUGCUCGUUGUCCAGGGAGGAAAUAGCAGCGUUCAAUCCGUGGCUAUGGUGCUGUUACGCAACAGAGACUACAAUGAGCCGAGGGUCCUGACUGUGAAGCCAGUAGUUCCAGAGAUCAACCUCACAGGAGUGCAGGAGUUUUUGCCAGAUUGUCAGCCAUCACCUAUGAAAGACUCUGGCCUCAGCUCGAGCUCCACUUCAUCCAGUAUAAGUCUUGGGGCAGGGGGAGCUGCUCUGUCCCACCUCUCCCCUGCACUCCUCAGUGAGGUAGAUGCCACUGUUGAACAGGACGAGAAAGUCAAAGCUCUCAUUGAGUUCAUUACCUCAAGAAAACGGGGCCCGCUCUGGAACCACGAGGAUGUGUCACCCAAGAACCCCAACAUUAAGAGCGCUGACCAGCUGAGUGUUUUUGUCAGACAUGUAGUGACCGUCUUCAAACAUUCCCAGUCAGGUUUCCAGCUCGAGUCGUUGCUGAGUGAAGUAGCCCUACAAACAGCUCUGUCUUGCUCUUCUCGCCACUACGCUGGUCGCUCAUUCCAGAUUUUCAGGGCACUCAAGCAACCUCUGACUCUUGCCACACUGUCUGACAUUCUGUCUCGGCUGGUAGAGACUAUAGGGGACCCAGGAGAGGAGGCUCAGGGCUUUGUCAUUGAACUACUCUUAACACUGGAGUCAGGCAUUGACACGUUAGCAGACACAGUCAAAAACUAUGACCUCCUCACUGCCUUGGCACAAACCUCUGCCCGCGAUCCCUUGUUGGGGCCUAAGUUUGCUGCCAACAGGAAAAGCACAGGCCAGCUGAACCUGAACAGUGGUGGUCUGUUCCAUAAUGCUCAUACUCGCAGCAACUCUCUUCGCGCCAGCCUGAUGGGUGAGCGAAAAGCCGACCGACGUAGGAGCAACACCCUAGACAUAGCUGACAGACUUGGUGGUAGCCACGGAAACCUGGCCCGCACACGGAGCUUAUCAUCGCUAGGUGGGGGAGGGGGUCCAGGAGGGGAAGCCAUCCCCCCCGUGGACCCUUCAAAUCUGAUGGCCACUGUAUUCUGGAUCGCCGCCUCUCUGCUGGAGUCGGACUACGAGUUUGAGUAUCUGCUGGCCCUGCGGCUCCUUAACAAGCUGCUGGGCCAGCUGCCUCUGGACCGGGAAGACAGCAGGGAACGUCUGGAGAAGGUCCAGGCCAAGCUGAAGUGGUACAGCUUCCCUGGUCUGCUGCAGCUUUUCCUGAAGGGCUUCACCUCUGCUUCUACUCAGGAGCUCACCAUUCACCUGCUGAGCAAGCUCAUCAGUGUCUCCAGACAUACACUGGUGGACCCUUCGCAAGUGGCAGGUUUUCCUUUGAAUAUCCUGUGCCUCCUACCACAUCUCAUCCAGCACUUUGACAGCCCCUCGCCUUUCUGUAAGGAGACAGCUGAUAAGAUAGCCAAGGUGUGCACAGAGGAGAAGUCAGCCACACUCUCCAACCUGGCCCACAUGAUGAGCCUGUACAGCACACACAGCUAUUCUCGCGACUGCACCAACUGGAUCAAUGUGGUCUGUCGCUAUCUCCACGAUGCCUUUGCAGAGAUAACCCUGAACCUGGUCACUUACUUGGCCGAGUUGCUGGAGAAGGGCCUUCCCAGCAUGCAGCAGUCCCUGUUGCAGAUCAUCUACAGCCUGCUGAGUCAUAUUGACCUAUCAGCAGCCCCCGUCAAACAGUUCAACCUGGAGAUCAUGAAGAUCAUUGGCAAAUAUGUUCAGAGCCCACAUUGGAAGGAGGCUCAAAACAUUCUGAAGUUGGUGGUGUCUCGCUCAGCCAGCCUUGUUGUUCCAGACGAUGUGCAGCGCUCUUAUAGCACCGAAUCAUGCGGCUCUCCAGAAAUUGCCUUUACACGCAUAUUCAACAACUCUUCAAAGGAGCUGCCUGGCAAAACUCUGGACUUCCACUUUGACAUCUCAGAGACGCCAAUCAUAGGGCAUAAAUAUGGUGACCAACGUACUGCAGCAGGCCGGAAUGGAAAGCCGCAGGUGAUUGCUGUAACUAGGAGUACCUCCUCCACAUCAUCCGGCUCCAACUCCAAUGGUCUGGUGCCAGUAAGCUGGAAGAGGCCUCAACUCUCUCAGAGAAGAACCAGAGAGAGGCUGAUGAAUGUCCUGUCUUUAUGUGGUCCGGAGUCUGGCAUUCCCAAAAAUCCAUCUGUGGUGUUCUCAUCCAAUGAAGAUCUGGACUCUGCAGACCAGCAGACCAGUCUCAUACCCACAGUGGAGGAGGUGGUCAGAGAAGAGGAGGUCGGGGGGGAAGACACGGGCAGUGAGCAGCAGUUUGGUGUCUUCAAGGACUUUGACUUCUUAGAUGUGGAGUUGGAGGAUGCUGAGGGGGAGAGCAUGGACAACUUCAACUGGGGGGUGCGCCGUCGCUCCCUGGAGAGCAUGGACAAAGGGGACACCCCGUCCUUGCAGGAGUGCCAGUACGCAGGCAGCACGCCAAGCCUCAACCUCACCAACCAUGAGGACACGGAUGAAUCGUCAGAGGAGGAGGUACUGAGCGCUAGCCAGAUUCUCACCCGCUCUGGCCUUCUUAACAGUGACUCUGCUACAGAGGACACCGCAUCCAACCAUGUGGACUCCUUGCAGCAGUCUCAAGAAUCGUCCAGCAGUGCCCUGACAGAGGAGGCAACUGUCCUGCCCUCUCUACCUUCCCUUCCUCGACUGGAUAGCCCCAUUUUGGAGAUGGCCCACUCAGACAGCAACAGCAGUCAGCUGCCUGAGGAUGCUGUAAGCAUGACUGCAGCGGAUGAGCUGAGCAGCAGUGUGAGUGAGGACACAGGGUUUUGCAGUGUACCUCCUCUGCCCUCUGACCCAUCAGAGCUGUGUGACCUCCCAGACUCGCAGGACCCUCAGGAACCCCAGGAGACCCACGACCCUCAGGAAGACCUGGACCCAGCCCCCCCUCCCCCGCCGGCCAUAGACACUCCACCGGGGUCUCUUUGUGAGGAAGAAUCCCCAACAGUCCUGCCUAUAUCUCUGCCCCUGCCCAUGCCACCAGAGACAAAGCCAGAUCCAGACCCAGACCCAGACAGCACCUGUGGCUCUGGCUGGGAGGACGAUGUGACACAGGCCCUGAAGGAGCUGGAUGAGCGCUGUGAGGAGGAGGAAGCGGAUUUCUCUGGCAUGUCCAGUCAAGAUGAAGGUGACGCAGACUGCUUCCCAGAGAUUCAGGCCUCUCCGCCCCCUUCGCCCUUCCUCUCUGCUAUCCUGGCAGCAUUCCAGCCUGUUGCCUAUGACAAUGAGGAAGAUGCUUGGCGUUGCCAUGUCAACCAGAUGUUGUCAGAUACAGAUGGUUCCUCUGCUGUUUACACGUUCCACGUGUUCUCCAGACUCUUUCAGAGCAUUCAGAGGAAAUUUGGCUCUAUUACGCAUGGAUCUGUACGCUUUCUUGGGGAAAGGCUCCAAAGAAUGGGUAAUCAGUUCCUCAGCUCCCUGGAAGUCAUGACGUCUCACUCCCAAUGCCCCACUGUGCUGCUGGAUGCAGAGACGCUGGUCUCUUGUGGACUGUUGGAGACUCUGAAGUUUAGUGUGCUGGAGUUGCAGGAACACCUGGACACCUACAACGCUAAGAGAGAGGCAGCAGAGCUUUGGCUGGAGAACUGCAGGAAAACAUUUGGGGACAAAGACAGCAGCCAACAACCCAAUACUCAUGCACAGCAAAUGGAAAAUCUAGCAGAACUGGAGUUAUGUCGCAGGCUCUAUAAGUUGCACUUCCAGCUGCUGCUGCUCUUCCAGGCCUACUGUAAGCUCAUCAACAGGGUGGACGUCCUCAAGAGAGAGGCAGAGGUGACCAACAUGUCUGAAGAACUCACUAUCCUAGAGAGCUGUUUGAAGGAGGCAGAAACAGGAAAUGAUGCUCAGGAGGAUGUGUGUAUGUCAGACACUUCCCAGACCAACACAGAGACGGCCAUCCAAUCACUGGUUGAAACUCUGAGAGCAAGAGACUUCAACUCAGCCCUCACACAGGUCAAAAUCUUUAGGUCUUUGUGGCCCAAUGACAUCUUUGGCAACGAGACAGACAAUGCAGUCCAGACCCUUCUGCACAUCUACUUCCGUCACCAGACGCUGGGCCAGACGGGCUGCCUGGCAGUGGUGGGCCCCAGCAGGGACCUGUCUCAGGCUAGCACCCGCCUCAUGGAGCUCAACCUGCAGAUCCACGAGGCUCUGAGUCAGGCGCAGGCCUGCCAUCCCCUCACCACCAUGGUUAGCACUGGACUGUGAACCUGUGGUACUGCAGGCUGCAAGCCUGGACUAGACUGGACAAAUAUACCCCCCCCCCCACCCUGCUCUACACAGACCUCACCUCAGCUGUAGAGAGAGGGUAGACAGUGAGGGGCUUUAGAGGAGGACAAGAGACUCCACCUAUAAAGGGCUAAAGGAUGUGUGGGAAUAACUGUGACUCUUAAUAUAUAUUAUUACAUGUAUGAAUGCUUAAAGCGUUUUCUUUUCCCAGACUAAGCCAAUUUGCAAAAUUCAGUUGCAAUAAGUCGUUUGGUGGUGUGUCUGGGAAAGAAUAAGAGCACGGAGUGGGAUGAUUACUUUUUUUUUUCCUUCUUUUUUGUUUUUGCUGGAUCAUACCGACCGGUGGCCUCCUCGGGUGGCCCGAGCCGGAAGAUGGUAUUGAAGCAUGUAGACAGUCCAGAGGAGGUGUCGUAUGUGUGAGGACACACCGUUAAGAUUCAUAAGCAAACACAGAAAAAUCUUGUUUAAAAAGUUUUCAAAAGCAUGCUUGAAAGAGAAAAGCACUGCAAGAAUAUUUUUUUGAGAAAUGUAUUUUUUAUUAGAGCUAACAUCCUAGGUUGUAAAUUUUAGGAUAUUUAACACGUAAUUGUAACCUUGUGGGAGACGUUUGCCUUCAGGGAGUGUAAAAAGAGAAAUAUAUCUGUUUAUUGAUCUGCUUUGAGAGGAGAGUCCCCUAAAACAGGUCUUCACGCAAAACUCACUCUUUAACCAAAUAAGUAGCUGCCUUUAGAGACUCUUGACUGUGUGAUAUAUAUAUUGGAUAUUCUGGUAUACGCUCACACACAAAUGCAUAUAAUUGCACACAUAAGUGCAGACUGGCUACAACUCAUUAUGGAAACAUAACUUAUUUUACUCUGUAUAUAUUUUAGAAAAUGUAUAGUGUAAAACCAGUAUUUUUCCCUUGUACUUUUGUGUAAUGCACUGUUCAUCCGAAUAGGAUGUAUGUAUAAAGCUAAUGUGAUGAGAGAAAGCCAAGACCAGAUUUGAGUCAUUAAUGAUCCGCUUCGCCUUCGUCAUCUAAUCACACAAACUCCAAAAUGUUCCAAAGGCUGCCUUGGUUGUUGGUUGUGCUCUUGCUAAGUAGGUCGGGGCUUGUUUGGGACUAGCAACCUGCUUGCCUUUGUAGCCUCCAUCUCCUGUUGGACCACGCCAAUCCAGCCAAGGCAUAUGCAUUCCUUCUCUCCACUGUGAUCUUUUUGUUAGCAUAGCACCCCAGCAGCACAGGCUCUGCUUAAAGCCUCAUAAAGGGGAGAUAAGGUUGUAUUUUUUUUUUUGGUCCAUGUGGGUUGAUCACGUUGUAAAGCAGCGCUCAUCCUCCCGAUACAUUUUGACCCCGUUUUCAGAUGGGAAAUGGCCGUCGCUGAAGCUGCGCUGUGCUUUCAGAAUGGCCCUACUUGCUGCUGUGACUGCAGGACAUUAACCAUUAUCUGAAUGCUUUCUGGAAAUCUUGUCAUGGCACAUUGUGUAACAGUCACUGUACUCAUUCCUCAGAGAGCUUUUUUUUUUUUCCUGCUUGUCUGGUACAUUUGAAUGCUGUUCUUAAUUAUUUAAUGAAUAUUAUUUACCUGGAAGAUGUUUUAAUGUGGAGGUGCAUUAUACAUUUUUCUUGUUCACUCACAUACCAGCCUUCUCUCUGGAUAAAUAAAAGCCUAAUCAUACAGUA